GUAGUGGUCUCCAAAGUUGGCUCAGUUGACAAUAGGGUCUACACCGAUUUCGUCAUGGAAGAAUUGUCGAGAAUUUGCUCUUCCGCUGUCGACUUUGGCGCAAGCAGUUUUCGAGAUAUCGGUCAAGAUAUAUGGAGAAAUCCAGAAUUAGGUUUACAAGAGUUUCAUGCCAACACGAUCCUGUGUAACUUCUUUCGCGAAAACGGGUUCACGGUUGAAGAAUUCCUAGGCCCCACUGGCUUUCGUGCUUCGUACGGUAGCACGGAAAAUGUCGAUGGUGAUGGGGUCUCUGGUCCACCAGGGGUUCACGUAUGCCUGAUGGCUGAGUACGACGCGCUUCCAGAGCUCGGUCAUGCUACAGCACAUAAUUUGGUUUCAGAGGCCUGUGUCGCUACAGCUAUUGGUCUCAAAGCAGCUAUUGACAAGAAGAGCAGUUUGGGAAAGGUUACCAUCCUUGGGACCCCAGAUUCGGAAGGUAAUGGCAAGAAGAUGGAGGCGAUCAAGGAAGGCUUCUUCAAAGAUGUUGACCUGGCUGUGACAUUCAUCCCAUUUACCUGCCAUGUCGCCAAGCCUAUCAUGCUGACUAUCAUGAGGCAAACCAUCUGCUUCAAGGGCAAGGCAGCUCAUGCAUCAACCAGCCCCUGGGAUGGGAGGAACGCCCUGGAUGCUGCCAUCCUGUGCUAUAACAACAUCUCAGUACUAAGGCAACAGCUCAAGCCAUACAUGCAGAUCCAUUGUAUCAUCUCAAAUGGAGGAUUAAGACCUAACAUCAUCCCAGAACAAACAGAGAUGAAGUUUUACUUGCGUGCCCCUGACCACAUCGAAAUGGCCCACCUACAGCAGCGAGCCGAUGCAGCCUUCAAGGCAGCUGCCCGAGCCACUGGAUGUGAGCUGGAAAUAGCCUUUACCCCAACACCCUACUCCAACCUAUGCAACAGCUCCAAGUUGGCUGCGCUGUAUCAAGAAGAAGCAGAGAGCCUGGGCUGCGUAUUCACUACCAAUGAAGAGAUGGGCGGGAGACUAGUCGGGUCAUCAGACUCUGGUAACGUGUCACACGUUGUACCGACCAUUGCGCCAGCUUUCGACAUUGCAAACGCUGCAAGCGCCACCAACACCCAGUCCUUUGCAGAGUUGGCAGGAACGGAGGAGGCACAUAAUCAGACCAUAGUGGCUUCUAAAGCAAUGUGUAAGGCGUUACUCAAAGCAAUGUUGGAUCCAGGCAUCUUGGCCGGUAUAAAGAGUGACUUUGAGAAGGAUUCUUGCGCUGCAUCUUUGACUGAAUGGUCUUGAGUAUGAUGAAUUCAUGAUAGCACUGUUGCAGUUAAUAUUUGCCAGGGCUCAAUGUUUACUCAGGAGUCUUUCAAAAAAUUUGAAAACAAGAGGAUCAUCUUGUAUCUCUUUAAGGAACAUUAUCCCCUUACAUUCAAGAAAUCAACUUCAGGCAGUUUAAAUAGCCUUGUCCACCAAUAUCUGACAUAUACAAACAGUACAAUGACAUAUCCAAACCGAUAUUAUUUAGGAAAAAAAAUAGGAAUUAGAAUUGCCCUUGAGUUGAUUUCUUGAAAGUCUUUGCUGUCAUUAUGUGGAAUAAUUGUUUACAUUUGAGGUUCAUUGCGGGAUGUCAUAGUGUCAUUUACAAUUGGACCUUUGUGUGCAUUGAGCCCUGUUUUUAGAAAAUUUAUAUUAAAAAUGCACAAAUUUCUAUCAGAUAUAUUCUGAAACAUAGAUGACAGGACUUUUUGAAGUGUUAAUUACUGCAUGCAUGUAAUUUAUCCUAUUAGAGAAGUGUAAGCACACAAUGAUGCCUGUAUUUCAACAAUCAAACCUUGUUAGCUGUACACCAAUGGGAUAAGGGGAUAUAUAAGCAGUUGCUGGCAAAAAAAGUUGGGUAAUAAAAAUAGUUUGAUCUAAAUUCUAUGGAGCUGGCAUCUGAAUAAAUUUAAUUAUUACACAAUUUAUUUGCAUUUAAAAAAUAAAAACCUGUUUCAAUGUUCAAAUCAGUCAUGAUAAGAAUGACUUUGACAAUUGCUGUGUUGCAUGUACCCUUUACAUAACAACGUCUGUUGAUUUUGUUUUGGGAAACUGAUGAUGGACUUUAAAAAAUGGUAUCCCGAACUUGAGAUAUUAUUCUGCCAAAUCUUCAAGCAUGACAGUUGUACAUGUACCACUGAUCUAUACAUUUGCUGGAUAGAUCACUAUUGUAUGCCAUUGAAGCUGUUCAUUGGCCACCAUUCUAUCCCCUGCAAAAAAGCCAAAUGAACUCUAUAACUUUACGAUGGCCAAAAGGUUGUCUCACUUUUGUUCCACUCUUGGUUUAAUUAGAUUUCCAGCUGUCCUAGAAAUGGGUGGCGUUAACUUUUAAAAAUAAAAUUUGUGUAUGGCAUGGUGUGAGAUACUCCUAGUCUUUAGUGUAUACCUACUAGGGGCGAUCAGUAAGUUCAUAACCCAACUAUGAAGAAGUAGGUAUUCAGUGACGUAAUUAUGUCUUAUGAAUACUUCAUCUUUCCCAUUUCUGUACAGCUGCACCCAACCUAGGUAUAAGAGCAGCCAUUCAAAUUGGAGUACCUGACUAUUAAGUCAAUGGAUGUUGUUCAGCAACAUGCAGUCACCCAUUUCUUAGUUCAGAAGGAGCUGAAGGAUAUCUCUAAAGUGAUUAACACAAUAUUAGGGGACAAUGCUCUUUGCUCUCUUUAAAGCUGGUUGGGUGAGCAUUGAUGACGACCCACGCAGUGGUCGCCCGUCCACUUCAGUUACAAAUGACAAUGACAAUGACAUCUGUUACUGAAGUGGAUGGGCGACCCUGUGUGGGUCAUCAUCAAUGCUUUCUCUACCAGCUUUGAAGACAGCUGCCCAUUUCUAUACUGUGGAGUUGGCAAGAGCAUGGUCCCCCUAAUGUUAUCACCAGUUCCUCAUUGAUAUCCUUCAGCUCCUUCUUCUGUAGCACCAUGAAACAAAUAACUGCACGUUGCUGAAUAGCAUCCAUUCACAUAGUCUUUUCUUUUAAAGUCCCAGGUACUCCAAUUUGUAAAAAGGUAUAAACCUAGGUGGGGUUGCUGCUGAACUUAUAUCUUGUCACCUGUAUUGGGAAGAUAAAAUAUUCAAACAACAUAGUUGUAAACAUGUACAUCACCAAAUACCUGCUCUAAUAAGUCCAUGGUCAGGCUAUGAAAGCCCCUUGUGCAUGAUAAAAUAGAACAUUGAUGCAGUUAUAAGCAUGUGAAACUUGUGUGCAAAUUUUCAAUGCCAAAAAUAUGGGUGUGUUGGUGUUUCUUUUUUUCUUUUUUAAAUUACAUGUGAUUGUUAAAACUGUUACUCUUAGCAAUUUUUUUAAUAUUUCGUUUGAUGCUGCAUUCUAGUGUCAAAGAUGGAAAAUGCCAUAUUUGGGCCUCUUAGAAAUCCUCUUGUAAAAUUGACACUAAACAGUUCAUAGUAUUAUUUUAGCAAUCAAAGUUAAUGUUUGGGUAUGGUAUUGAUACAUACAUUAUGUUCUAUUGCUGUAAAAUCAUAGAUACAUAUUUGAUUAUUUUAUUGCUUACUUAACAUCAACAUGCAGUUCUGAAAUACAGUCUUCUAAUACUGGUAAGCAUUCGCUUGUGUUCUACCUACCAAGCUUUUACCCAGUGUACUGUAGAGUGUAAUCUGUUUGAUGUAGAAUAUUGGCUGAUGUGUGUUCAGUAGUAAAUGCAGUAUCCACAAACUCAUGGAUAGUUUUAUUAUGGUUGUUCGAGAGUGUAUUUUGAAGUGAUAUGGGUACCCAUGUACUGAUAAGUUGACUUUCUGUAUAAGCUAUCACGGAUAUUUAUCAAACAUUUGUCAUCAUUACAUAUAGGUAUUUCAAAUAUCUUCCUAUUAUUAUUAUAUUUCUUUGAUACUUAUACCAGCUGCACAGGAAAACAUGUGACAACAACCAAAGUGACCAUAUGUUACAUUUUAAGUGUGUUGGACAGUAAAAUUAAAACAGAAGUAUUGUACUUUAAACUGUAGAAGUGUUGUGGUGGAGUGGAUAUAUGUCACCUGACUGUGGAUCACAAGGUCUGAGGUUUAAGUCCCACUGCAAUGUCCUUUGGCAAGACAUUAAUUUACAUUUGCCACACUCGACCCAGUUGAGGUAAAUGGGUACCUGGCAGGAAUUAGUUCCUUGAAAUGCUAGAGCUCCAUGAUGGCAGCCUUGCUAAAGCAAGGGUAAUCAUUUCCAAAGCUCUUUGGAAACGCAUAGAGACUUUAUAAUGUGAUAUGCACUACGGUAUAAAAGAAUCAAAUGUUAUUAUCCCCUCGCCCACGAAGUCGGAGGGGAUAUAGUAAUGCUGCAAGCCGUCCUUCCGUCUGUAACAAAUCUGGUUUCCAUUUGAUAACUGUAGGAAAUUAAUUCAUACAUUUUUUAAAUUCUACAUGUGAGUAUUGAGAUUGUGAGGCAAACGUGCCAUCGAUAUGAUGACCUGUUCCUCGUUGCCCCCUCCCCCCCCCCCCCCCCCCGCCAGGCUUUAAUACAUUUUAUCCUCACUGACAUUGCUCCCACAUAGUUUGGAAAGGCAUGAAGGCUGUAUUUAUUUAUGGAACAAUUGUUUUAGUAUGUAAGUUUCAGACCCGUCAUGAUAUUGCCUCUCUAACUGUGAAUCUGAAAUGCAUGUAUUCUGACCCCGAACUGGUCCCCCAUUUCAAUAGUAAUAAUACUAUCCUCAUUAUGUAUUGUAAUGUCAUGAUUUCAGUUUAUUAUCAUUAUAAGAUACUUGGAAGUUGUUUCAUAAUUUGGGUAUAUAAAAAGCAUGCUGUAUAAAAGGGGAAUUAAAUCUUCUUACAAUGUUGGCAUUAAAUGGAAACAGGAAUUUAAAAAAAAAAAAUUAGUGAGAUGCAGAUACAUUUGUGAAUCAGACAAAGUGAGAAGGGUCAAUUCUUUUUUAAAUAUCUGUGAUUAUAACUGAUAUGGAGAGCCUCCCAUUCACAAUUCUAUGAUAUUUGUGAAAUCAUUUGUGGUUUAUACUUUUGUACUGAUAAUAAACCCUUUUCUUUAUUUUUCAUGAUGGGACGAGAGAUGUAUUAUUCUGAUUUGUAAUGGGGGAAAUUCUUUUUACAUGUCAGGAGAAAAAAUGUGUCUGUUCCAUAGUAAAAAUUGAAGGUACCAAAAAUUUGCAAGGAGUUUGCUUGCCAUUUUUAUUUCCCUUCUUACAACCUUCUUCUUUGUCUUCUUUUUCUUUCUUUCUUUCAUUCUUUUCAUUUUUUGAUAGAAUUGAAAAUUUAAAAAUGUAUUUUUUUAGUUGUACACUUAAGCACCUGAUUUCAUUGGGAAAAUAUGCUAUCAUGUUAAGAAUUUCUUUGAGUGUACUGGAUUGAACAAUUCUUUUAUUUAUCAGCAUGAACUUACAAAUGUUUUUAGGAUACAGAUUCAAUAAAUUGUCUUAUUUUCUCAUUUA